CAGAUAUUAGUGCACUGCUUCAUCUGUAAGAGUUGAUGUUGUAACGAUGCCUCGUGUCAUCAUAUAUGUGACUACUUUUGUAGUUUUAAUGUACACUUGUGCAUGCCAGUCUUGUGAAAGGGGCUUUUGGGGUACUAGUUGCCAGAACCCAUGCGAAAUCAACUGCGGAAACGAUGGCUGCGAUAAACUGACAGGAGUAUGCAAAGGCUGUGACGGGAGAUAUUGGGAUUAUUAUUGUCAAGCGAAAUGUCCUGAAAAUUGCAGCGGAACCUGUAGGCAGCCUACCGGUUAUUGUUAUAAUUGUAUAGAUGGCUUGUAUGGUAAAUCGUGUAAUCAGACAUGCUCUAAAAAUUGUUCAAUUUGUUCCAUUUCCACCGGUAAGUGUUACAAGUGCAAGGAUGGUUUCUGGGGAGAAGAAUGCGUUAACAAAUGUGUUGAAAAUUGUCAGUUUUGCUCAGCAUCAGAUGGUAAAUGUUUGGGCUGUGUUGCUGGUUUCUGGGGCAAACUGUGCACAGAAAGUUGUUUGAGUGAAAAUUGUGACAUAUGUGAUGGAACAACAGGUGAAUGUCAAGUUUGUUCUGCUGGACACUGGGGAGAUACAUGCCAAACAAAUUGUGGACACUGCCUAUCAGGAAAAUGCUCUAAGACAGAUGGCCGAUGUGACGUUUGUAUUGACGGAUUUGCUGGUAUAAACUGCUCUACCACUUGUCAUGUGCAAAAUUGUUCAAGCUCAUUAUGUAAUAUAAACGGCCAUAAAUGUUAUAGCUGUAAGGCAGGCUAUUGGGGAAUAUUUUGUGAAAAUGUUUGUAGUGGUAGCUGUUCCUCGAAUUGCAAUAAGACAACAGGUGAAUGUAAAGGAUGUGUUACCGGAAAAUGGGGAUCAUUUUGCGACAAAUCCUGUCCAGCAGAUUGUUCAAGUAGCUGUCAAAAGGAAACUGGAGAAUGUGACAGAUGUAUCACAGGAAAAUGGGGAUUGGUUUGCAAUGAGAGCUGUUCAGUAGGUUGCUCAAGUAGCUGCCAAAAAGAAACUGGGGAAUGUGAUGGAUGUAUCACAGGAAUAUGGGGAUUAGUUUGCAAUGAGAGCUGUUCAGUAGGUUGCUCAAGUAGCUGCCAAAAAGAAACUGGGGAAUGUGACGGAUGUAUCACAGGAAAAUGGGGAUUAGUUUGCAAUGAGAGCUGUUCAGUAGGUUGCUCAAGUAGCUGCCAAAAAGAAACUGGGGAAUGUGACGGAUGUAUCACAGGAAAAUGGGGAUUAGUUUGCAAUGAGAGCUGUUCAGUAGGUUGCUCAAGUAGCUGCCAAAAAGAAACUGGGGAAUGUGACGGAUGUAUCACAGGGAAGUGGGGAUCGCUCUGCGACGAACCGUGUCCAACAAACUGUUCAAGCAGUUGCAAUAAAGGUACUGGAGAAUGCACUGGUUGCAUUACCGGAACAUGGGGACCAUUUUGUGAGAAAACAUGUGACAAACGUUGUUACAGCACAUGCAAUAAGAUAAAUGGUGAAUGUUCUUCGUGUCCAAACUUCUUUUGGGGACCAUUUUGCGAAAAUCAUUGUCCUUCCGAGUGUCCUAGUAGUUGUGAUAGAAUAAAAGGUAGAUGCACCUAUUGUCGAAGCGGUAUUUGGGGUACAUAUUGUAACCAUACGUGCGACGGUAAUUGUUCUUGUCAUAUAUCAACUGGAAGGUGCCAAAAUUGCUUUCAAGGUUCAUGGGGAUUAUCAUGUGACAAAACGUGUCUGAAGAACUGUUCAACAGUCUUUGAAAGGAGAAUCGGAGCUUGUUCAUCUUGCAAACAAGGGAUGUGGGGGCAAAAUUGUUCAUACACUUGUAAUAAAAACUGUCUUUCCGAUUGUAACAUUCUAAAUGGCACAUGUUCAAAAUGCGUUUCAGGGUUUUGGGGGGCAUAUUGCCGAGGAAAAUGUGACUUAAAUUGCAAGAGUGAAUGUAACAAGGAGACUGGGGAAUGUAAAACAUGUGACACCGCCAAAUUGGGAAUGUUUUGUGAGAAUAAAUGCAACUGCAAUUGCGAUAAAGCCAAUGGGCACUGCCAAUCUUGUACGUCUGGACAUUGGGGUAUAUCAUGUCUAAAGAAGUGUUCUGAAAAUUGCUCUAAUGCAUGCUAUCAGACAACAGGAGAAUGCAGCUCUUGCAUAAUAGGAAAAUGGGGAUCAUUUUGCAACAAAACCUGUUCUGCAGGUUGUUCAGGUAGUUGCCAAAAGGACACAGGAAAAUGUAGCGGAUGUAUCACAGGAAAAUGGGGAUUAUUUUGCAACAAAACCUGUUCUGCAGGUUGCUCAAGUAGUUGCCAAAAAGUUACUGGAGAAUGUGACAGAUGUAUCACAGGAAAAUGGGGAUUAGUUUGCAAUGGGAGCUGUUCAGUAGGUUGUUCAAGUAGUUGCCAAAAAGAAACUGGAGAAUGUGACGGAUGUAUCACAGGAAAAUGGGGAUUAGUUUGCAAUGAGAGCUGUUCAGAAGGUUGUUCAAGUAGUUGCCAAAAAGAAACUGGAGAAUGUGACAGAUGUAUCACAGGGAAGUGGGGAUCGCUUUGCGACGACCCGUGCUCAACAAACUGUUCAAGCAGUUGCAAUAAAGGUACUGGAGAAUGCACUGGUUGCAUUACCGGAACAUGGGGACCAUUUUGUGAGAAAACAUGUGACAAACGUUGUUACAGCACAUGCAAUAAGCUAAAUGGUGAAUGCUCUUCGUGUCCAAACUUGUUUUGGGGACCAUUUUGCGAAAAUCAUUGUCCUUCCGAGUGUCCUAGUAGUUGUGAUAGAAUAAAAGGUACAUGUACCUAUUGUCGAAGCGGUAAUUGGGGUACAUAUUGUAAACGUCCGUGUGACAGUAAUUGUUCUUGUCAUAUAUCAACUGGAAGGUGUGUACAUUGCUUUCAAGUUUCAUGGGGAUUAUCUUGUGACAAAAUGUGUCCGAAAAACUGUUCAACAGGCUGUGAAAGGAGAAUCGGAGCUUGUUCAUCUUGCAAACAAGGGAUGUGGGGGCAAAAUUGUUCAUACACUUGUAAUAAAAACUGUCUUUCCAAUUGCAACAUCCUAAACGGCACAUGUUCAAAAUGCUUUUCAGGGUUUUGGGGGCCAUAUUGCCGAAGAAAAUGUGACUUAAAUUGCAAGAGUGAAUGUAACAAGGACACAGGAGAAUGUAGCGGAUGUAUCACAGGAAAAUGGGGAUCAUUUUGCAACAAAACGUGUUCUGCAGGUUGUUCAAGUAGUUGCCAAAAAGAUACUGGAAAAUGUGACAAUUGUAUCACAGGGAAGUGGGGAUCGCUUUGCGACGAACCGUGCUCAACAAACUGUUCAAGCAGUUGCAAUAAAGAUACUGGAGAAUGCACUGGUUGCAUUACCGGAACAUGGGGACCAUUUUGUGAGAAAACAUGUGACAAACGUUGUUACAGCACUUGCAGUAAGAUAAAUGGUGAAUGCUCUUCGUGUCCAAACUUGUUUUGGGGACCAUUUUGCGAAAACCAUUGUCCUUCCGAUUGUCCUAGUAGUUGUGACAGAAUAAAAGGUACAUGUACCUAUUGUCGAAGCGGUAUGUUUGGUACAAAUUGUAACCAAACAUGCGACGGUAAUUGUUCUUGUCAUAUAUCAACUGGAAGGUGUGUACAUUGCUUUCAAGGUUCAUGGGGAAUAUCUUGUGACCAAACGUGCCCGAAGAACUGUUCAGUCGGCUGUGAAAGAAGAAUGGGAACUUGUUCAUCUUGCAAACGAGGGAUGUGGGGAAACAAUUGUUCACACACUUGCAAUAAAAACUGUCUUUAUGAUUGUAACAUUCUAAACGGCACAUGCUCAAAAUGCUUUUCAGGGUUUUGGGGGUCAAAGUGCCAAGAAAAAUGUAACUUAAAUUGCAAGGAUAUAUGUGACAAGGAAACUGGAGAAUGUAAAACGUGUGACACUGGAAAAUGGGGAAAGUAUUGUGAGAAUGAAUGCAACUGUGAAUGCGAUAAAGCCAAUGGUCAUUGCCAUUCUUGUACGUCUGGACAUUGGGGUCUAUCUUGUCUAAAAAAUUGUUCUGAAAAUUGUUCUGUUGCAUGCUAUCAGACAUCAGAAGAAUGCAAAUCGUGCACAACAGGAAACUGGGGGACACUUUGUGAAAGUAUGUGUCCUGAAUACUGCGACGGAAGAUGCGAAAUGAAAACAGGACAUUGUCUUUCAUGUAAGAAAAACCAUUGGGGUGAAAAGUGUGAGCAUAAUUGUACUGAUAGAUAUUGUGAGAGUUGCUCUAAAACAAAUGGAACAUGCGUGAAGUGUGAUCUGUCUAAGUGGGGAAACACAUGCAACAAAAUCUGCCCAGUAAAUUGUGAUGGACAAUGUGACUUUAGAAACGGAAAAUGUUUGUCAUGCAAACAAGGAUUUUGGGGCACAUCAUGUCAGUUUACAUGAGGCAAUACCUAUUGUAAGCGAUGUAAUGAAAUAACGGGAAAAUGUGAGCUUUGUGUAACUGGGAGAUGGGGAGAAAACUGUGAUGUCUUGUGCCCGGAAAGAUGCGAAGAAGGUUGUACCCGGGAAUUAGGAAGCUGCUUGUCAUGCAAACCGAACUUCUGGGGCGAGGCUUGUAACAAAGCAUGUUCGUCUUCCAGAUGUCAUAAUUGUCUUCAGGAAUCAGGCAAAUGUCUAUCUUGUGACUUUUUAUCAUGGGGAGAAAGCUGUGAAAAUUCUUGCAAUGACAAUUGCCUUCUUGGCUGUGCAGUACGAACUGGUAACUGUAAAGGCUGUAAACCAGGAUACUGGGACAAUCACUGCGAAAAUGUUUGUAAUAUUGCUAAUUGCGAAAGAUGUAACCAGAGCACAGGGAAAUGUCAUAAAUGUACGCCGACAUUUUGGGGACAAAAUUGUCAGCUAAAAUGCAUAAACGACAGUUGUAUGGAGUGUGAUAAGAAUGAUGGAUACUGUACAUUAUGUAAAGAUGGCUACUGGGGACUUACAUGCGAUUCGAAAUGUCAACAAGGCUGCCAUUGUUGUAAUGUGCAUAGUGGUGUAUGUGAGCCAUCGAGAUGUCUGGUACUCAGUGAUGAUUCCUCUGUUAUGGCGACCAAUAACAAUGUCGAAGCGGAGAUUCACCUGCCGACAAUAGGCGUGGCAGUUGCAGUAUCUGCUGUAAUUCUAAUGUGUGGUUUUGGUGUGUUCUUCUUUAUUACUCGCAGAUUGGAUAAAGCACGUGUUCAAGAAAUGCAAAAAGGGAAGAUUGUGGAUUUCAGUGAAGGGAGUACGGAAAUGGUGCAAACUGAAAAUACAGAUUCGGCGAUGGAUGAAUCUUCAUACGAAACAUUGGCAGUAACUUCGGGUACUGACUUACAACAUACCCGGGAAAUCGAGUUGUCUCGCUUCAACUAAAAAGGCUGACCUACUCUAAACAAAACUGUGUUUCUGAUAAAGUGUAAUCACUGGAUCCAGCUACAUUUGUACAAAAUAAACUCCUGUGCACUUCUGUCUUAUUAGGUCAUAUUUCAUCUGUGUAUAUAGACUCUUAUUUCAGUUUGUACUAUUUUCUUUAUGCAUAAAAUGUUAGCAUUUGUAUUUUUGAUGGAGUUUGCAUUCUUGCCAUUUGAAAGUUAAAUAUUUUUUCUUGUAAGUGUUAUUACUUACUACUUGUACCUGCGGAAUACAAGUUUUCAUUGUAAAAUAAAUGAAAAUAGUCAUGCCAUUAGAAACUAUUUUUAUAUUCUAUAAUAAUUAAAGGAGUACUUUAAAAUGCUAAUUUGCAAUUUAAACAAUGAUCCUUGGUAAAUCGUUUGAAAAGAAAUGAAGACAACUGAAGACAACUUCUCUAAAACAUUAUUGAAGGCUUAGCUGACUCGGUACUUUUUUAUACCACAAAAAAAGAA